AUGAUACACGAUUUACAGGAAUUACUGGAUGCUAAUGUAUUGUAUUCACUACAUAAUCAAGACUUAUUACAAGUUGACAUCAAUUGUCGUAACAAACAAAAGUAUCCAAGUCACGAGUGGAAGAAUGUGGAUGAACAACUGCCAGAAACGACGGAGAGUGAAAAGACUUGCUGCACUCCAGUGAAACAGUCAAAUGACGACGACCAGGAACCAUUAAAAAAAUGCUGCAGCACGCAGACAGCUUUUACGAGUAAAUGCUGCACAAGUGAUAACACUAGUAAUAAUACUAGUGAUAAUAAUAAUAAUAACAAAGCGAGAAUAAGCAGCUGUUGCAAUAGUAAUAGUGGUGGUUGCUGCAGUCCAAGUCAAUCAGUAGAAUCUGUUUCAUUUUCAUUAUCCACACAUGACUUGACAGGCCUACUACCAAACAAUGGUGCUCGACCGGCCAUGUCCUGUCUAGGGCCCGCUGCCAAGAACCAGCAAGGAGAGAUUAUUCGUCUAGUCACUUGUCGAUGCGGUGAUAACUGUGCCUGUAUUGGCUGCGACGCUCACCCUUCACGCGCCAUGAAAGAAGGCAGAAAUGAUGUGUACAUCGGAUUCAAUGAAAGCCAUACCAGGAAACUCUCUAUUUCUGCCAUCACUUGGCCUUCUUCAUCAAACCCAGAUCCUUCUUCUCCCAAACCAGACUUUCCUGAAACUAUUUUGGCUGAAGAUGGGACCAUGCUUUGUGGUUGUGGAUGCGCGAAAAAGUUUGAGGAUUGCUCUAGUUGCAUAUUACGGCUUUGCCACUCUGAAUAUAGUUAA